UUUUGAAUUGUGAGAUAUAAAAGGGGGAACGGAUCGGUCCGUUCCCCUUUUUACGCUCUCUUGCACUUGUGCUCUUGCCUUCUUCGUGCUCCGAAGCCUUUAGGGGAUUCUCAGGCAACCGGAGCAUUCUUCCUUCUCUCUUUCUUCACCACCAAAAAACACCUUCCAUCCUGUCGAGAUGACGAGGGUUGGAGGAGGUCGCCGGGACAAGACUUCGGACAGCAUCUUGCCGGAGUCUCGUCUGAGGAACGAGGAGGCGGCAGACAAGAUUAGGAAGCUGCUGGUGCCGGAGGGUCAGGAGGGUGCUGUGGCGGUGAGGCCGGCGACUCUGACGCCGGCGACGAUCGUCCCUGGGCGGACCGUCCUCUUCACCUCCUUCGUGGCGGCGGGGCUAGUGCCGCCAUUCUCCGCCUUCUUUCUGCAAGUGCUGGAGACGUACGGCAUUCAAAUGGUGCACCUAAGCCCCAACUCCGUCGUGGCGUUGGCGGUCUUCGCGCAUCUCUGCGAAAUGUUCGUGGGGGUGAUGCCGUCGGCGACGCUGCUUCGCCACUUCUUCGUCCUUCGGCCGGUGGGGAAGAAGAGGGGGCACUCCACGGCGGACGUCGCGGGGUGCUGCAACCUUCGGCUCCGGGAAGGCCUGGGGGACCAUUACAUUCCCCAGGUGCUGCGCAGCAAGUGGGAGGAAUGGCGACGGGACUGGUUCUUCGUCGACAUCGACCCCCACGAGCGCCUCGAAUUGCCAGAGAAGGCGGCGGAACCUCGGCGAUCGACGUGGGAGGCGCCGCCACCAGAAGAUGCGAGACUGAAGCCGGUGCUGGAGCGCAUCCUGGAACUGCGCGAGGGCGGGCUGACCUCAGUCAUGGUGGUUGUGGACUUUCUGCGCCGUCGGCUGGCGCCCUUGCAAGAGCGGGCCCGGCCAAGCUGGUUCUACACCGGGCCGGAGGACAUCACCAGGACCCAGAUUGGCGCGAGCUGGGAUCUGGGGCAGGCGGAGCUGCGGGGGAUGACCCGAGUGAUCACCGGAACAGAGGACAUGAGCCGGACGGAGCUCCCGUGGCCGGAGAUGGCGCUCUGCGCCAACCCCAACCGGGUGGCCAUUAUGGCGGGGCUGCCGGAGUUCGAUGCCCAGGGGCCCGUGGACCGGCCAAGAAGCCGGAGUCCUGAGGCCUCCGAACUCCCCGGGCUGGAGGAACUACUUGGCGAUGAGGUUGCUGGCAGCUCGGCGCAGGCUGGCGAAGGGGUCGCCGCAGGCGGCAGCCGCCGUGCCAGAGAGGAGGGCGCCACUGAAGUUGUUGAGGAGUUGGCACCGGGAGACCGGGGAAAGCGUCCCCGGGCCUUGAUCCUAGUGCCGGACUCUCCGCCGUCGCCGACGGCAGCGGCGGCAUUUCCGGUGCUGGAGCCGCGCCUGGUGCGGAUGGGGCCUGCAUCGGCGCCCGCGACCCGCACGGCGGAGACCGAGACCCGUGCGGCGGCACCCGAGGCCCGCACGACGGCGCCCGUGGCCCGCGCAGCGGCUCAGCCGAGCCCCCAGCGGAAGAGGCGGCGGGAGGAGUCCGGACCGACGGCGCCGGACCCGGACAUCAGGCUCCCAGCGGCCAAAUGGCGGUAUCGGCCGGCCGCAGGCACUGCUGCGGUGAAGAGAGAACAGGCGCCAGGGCCAGAGCCGAGCCAGCCCGCUGCGCCGACGGAGGCCGGCAUAGGAACGGCGGAGGCGCCAAUUGACGUGACGGCCCCUGGGAGAGAGGCGGAGGCGGCGGCCAAGAGAAGGGCGCCGGCGGAACCUACCCCGGGCGUGGAGAGCCCGGGGCGGAUAACGGUGGAGGUGGAUGUUCUGCCGGGGCCGGUGGACAGGGCGGCCGAUGCGGGAAUGCGGCCGCCGUCCGAGACCUUGGCUCCGGCGGAGCCUACCCCGGGCAGGCAGAGCUCAGGGCGGAUGGCGGUGCAAGGCCCUGCGGAGAGCUCGGCCCCCCUGGAGGCACUCUGCGGAGAAGCCUGGGCCCCACCGGUGCCCGGUCAGCCCACCGAUCCUUUCCUGGCCGCCAUUGAAGGCGUCCAAGUAGCGGUUGGGCGGCUGGGCGCAGUGGUGAACGCCAAGGAGGGGGAGCUCGAGGCCGAGCGCGCCCGCCUGGCACUGGAGAAGGCGCAGCUGGCGGGCGCCCAGGAGGAGGCCCGUGCGGCAGCCGCGCGGGAGCAGAAGCUCCUAGAAGACAUCCGCGCGGAAGCCGCGCGGGAACGAGAAACUCUGAAGACCGCGCGGGCAGAAGCCGCGCGGGAACGAGAAGACGCCGCCCGCUUGGCUGAGGCGUCGAGGCAGCAAGCUGCCGAGGCCCUUGCCAGGAUGGGGCAGGCGCAGGAGAGGGAGGUGGCAGUCGCAGCCCUGGAGCAGGCUGCGGAGGAGCGGCAAGCCGAGCUGGCCCGCCGGGAGGGCGCGGCCGAGAAGACGCGCGCCGACCUCCAGCGCUGGGAAGACGACCUCCGGAAGAUCAGAGAAGAAUUCAAGCGCUGGGAGGAGGACGUCUCCAUCCGGGAAGUGGACAAUGAGCUAUCGGCGUCGGACCUCGGUGCCCGGGAGGAUUCGGUGGCCCAGCAGGAGGAUGUGUUGGCCCGGCGGGAGAAUGAGCUGAGUCGCCGAGAAGGCGAACUGAGUCGUCGAGAGGGCGAAGCUGCUGCUGCGGCGGCCGCCGCGGCUACCAGGGCGGAGGAGAAUGCGAAGCACGAGGCGGAACUGGCCGCCCGCGAACGCGCCUUGUCCGAGAUGGUGGCCAAGACGAAGCAGGCUGCCGCCCCCGCCGCGGCUGGCGGUUCUUCCGGUCCGGCCGGGGACCAGGGACUCGAGGCACAGCUGCGGGCCGCCAAGGAGAAGCUCGAGACCGCCUUUGUCUCGCGGGUCAACCUCGAGCAUAUGCUGGAGGACAUACUCUGGCGGAUGCGACGGGCCGUGGAGAAGGGUGGUCUCGGGCGGCUUGUCGAUGACAAGAAGGGCGACGGCCCCGCACGGCAAGUGUUGGGGCUGCAGCAGGUCUGUGAGCGCCUCGAGACCCUGCCUUGGGCAGUCCAGGAACUUGCUGCCCGGGAGGGACGUGGCUUGGCACGUGCCGUGGCCGAGCACGUCCUGGCCUGCUACCGAAGCAGGGACCCGAACUUCCCACUGGAGCCGGCGCGGGAGGGAGUGGUCGAGGCUGAGGGAGAGGCCGCCCGGGCAGCGGUCCGGAGUACCGCCUCCGUGGUAGCGGCCGGCUUUAGGCGAGAGGUGCCGCCGCCGCCAGCCCCCGGGGACGACUCAGAGGAUUCAGCCGACGCCUCUGCCGCCGACUAGAUCUUUUGUAGCCUUUGUCUUUCUUUU